UGUAUUUACCCUGAAUCUAUUUUAUCAUGAAUUAGAGCUUUGUCACACUAUUAUGGGUCUUGAAAUCCAGAAAAACUGGAAAAUACAAAUAAUUUUGUUGAAAAACAACCAGUUUUCACCUAUUUUGUUCAACGAACAAGUUAUGAUGGGAAUAAUCAAGACAAAGAAUCGAAUACCAGUGAUCUGAAUCGAAACGGGACGCUUAAAGUUUCAAGCGAUAGUAGAGACUACUUUUUGAAAAAUAUCGAUAUACAUGUUCUGAUUGGCAAUUCCAAAAAGGCCAUGGAGUCCAUCUUCUAGUUUCCUCCAUUAUUGGUUUGUUCUCUAAAAACCGUUCAUCUAUCAAUUUUCUAUAUCUAUAGUUAAUAAAAAUAUUUAAAAUGGCAAUGUCAAAUGCUACGUUGGACAUGAAUAUAACCGGACAUUUACUGCAAAAUGCUUCAAAGUCAAUAAAGCUAUCCAAACGAUACGCAGUGGUGAUGGUAAAUGUUUCUUUGUUGAACAUUUUGCAUCGCAGAAGCGAUGGACUGCGUUUAGGAGAGCUGAAAGGCAGAGAGUAUCAGGGCGUUCAGUUUGUCACAAUAAAAGCGAGAGAACCCCAGGACCCUGUGUUAAAAUAUUUGUUAUUUAUAUUGAAAGGCAUUCAACAUGCAAUUACCAGGGGAUAUCUGAAGGAAAUUUUCCUCUUAUUUAAACAUCACGAAACAUUGGAAACAUUAGAGGUCUAUAGCAUAGCGUUAAAGUAUAAUACAGAAGCAAAACAGAAAGAUGACUGCACAUUUUCAAAUCUGCGAGAUGCUACGAUGGGUGUCUUAAAAUGCAUCGAGAAAUUAGAAAAGCUUGACAAGCUGGAAAAAGAUACGAGAAUAAAAUUCGAGCUGACUUACAACGAUCUUACCCCUUUUCAAUACCAGCCUCCCGGUUUUAAACACACGGAAAACCCACUGUGUUUAGAUUUCGAUAAGAAGGAUAGACUAGUGUUUGGCCAGCUGAACACGGGCUACCACAAGAUAUAUUACUCAGUUCAACGGAAGUCGAAGAAGCACAAUCUGGAACAGAUUUUCGAGGAAGACGAAGAAGAUGAGAUUGAAAACACUCCUCUCUUGAAACGUCUCAAGAUGCCCGAGACUGGUCAAGGAGCUAGUCAAUCUGCCCCGAAUGACAAUCCUGAACAAAAUGCUGAUACAGGUCUAGAAGAACCUGCAAUUAUUAUAGACUCGAUCAAUAUCAGCGCUGACUCGGAAUUGGAACAACCCCAGAUAAUCGACGAAAAUAAGAAUUGCAUUAAUCAAUCUCCCUUAACAAUUUUGAACAUCUCCUUGAUAUCCUCAGAGGAUUCAGUAUCUGUAGCAGAAGCACCUAUACUGUGUUCAAACGAAGCAGAUUACUGCAUCUGUGAAGUCGCUAGUGGAACGUUUAUCAAGAGCGGAAUUGACGGUGCAACCAUAGAAAAAAUCGUAUGUCACCGAUGCAAAAGGACGUAUCACAUGCCCUGCCACGGCUAUCUUAGUCCCAGCAUGUGUUUUCGGGAGUUCAUUUGCGUGAAAUGCAGCCCAUAUAAUACUACUGACACUAUUAUCAGAAGCAUUGAGGGGAACAUGCUGAGAACCAUGGCACGAUGCAGGCUAAUGCUAUAUCUGAUGUUUAAGUAUGAAAAGUUUCAAGAAAAGUUGAUGUCGAUGUUUUCUGACGAUGAGCAACACAUUUUGAUAGAGAAAUUUCUCAAAUAUAAUGUCAUCAACCUCAAGAAACAGGUUGAUGUCAUGCAAAUUCAGAGAUCCGCCAAUUUAACUUUCAAUAUGGAAGAUUCGCAGUUUCUAUAUUGAUUCGUAUUUAUAUUUGCUAAGUUCAAUUGUAUUAAUUGUUUAUUGUUGUUUCUAUCUGUGUAGUUACUUCCAAUGCCUUAAUUGUCUAUGGCCUGAUUGAUGUUUUUAUGUUCACUAACAUUAAACUUAUUUAAUUUUCUGCUUUAAAGAAUAUGUUGAUAUUUGGUUUUAUAUUUCUCAACAUUUGUAAAAUUGUUUUGAUUAAACGUGAUGCUGGAUAAAGUAA